AGUUUCUGUUUUCAGGAAAUGAAACUCACACAGUCACUGUGACCGAGAGCAGAAAUGGAGCAGAAUCAGCUGGACCCAGAAACUUUCUCCUGCUCCAUCUGUCUGGAUCUACUGAAGGAUCCGGUGGCGAUUCCCUGUGGACACAGCUACUGUAUGAAGUGUAUUAAAACCCAGUGGGAUGAAGAGGAUCAGAAGGGAAUCCACAGCUGCCCUCAGUGCAGGGAGACAUUCACACCGAGGCCUGUGCUAAAGAAGAACACCAUGCUAGCAGCUCUAGUGGAGCAGCUGAAGAAGACUGGACUCCAAGCUGCUGCUGCUGCUGCUGCUGAUGCUGAUCACUGCAAUGCUGGACCUGAAGAUGUGGCCUGUGAUUUCUGCACAGGAGGAAAACUGAAAGCCAUCAAGUCCUGUUUAGUCUGUCUGGUUUCCUACUGUGAGAAUCACCUUCAACCUCAUUAUGAUUCAGCUGCAUUUAAGAAACACAAGCUGGUGGAGCCGACCAAGAACCUGCAGGAGAACAUCUGCUCUCGUCAUGAUGAGGUGAUGAAGAUGUUCUGUCGUACUGAUCAGAAGUUUAUCUGUUAUCUCUGCCCAGUGGAUGAACAUAAAGGUCAUGACAUGGUGUCAGCUGCAACAGAAAGGACUGAGAGGCAGAGAGAGCUGGAGGAGAGACGAGGAAACAUCCAGCAGAGAAUCCAGGACAGAGAGGAAGAUGUGAAGCUGCUUCAACAGGAGGUGGAGGUCAUCAGUCGCUCUGCUGAUAAAACAGUGGAGGACAGUGAGAAGAUCUUCACCCAGCUGAUCCGUCUCCUCCAGAAAAGAAGCUCUGAGGUGAAGCAGCAGAUCAGAUCCCAGCAGGAAACUGAAGUGAGUCGAGUCAAAGAUGUUCAGGAGAAGCUGGAGCAGGAGAUCACUGAGCUGAAGAGGAAAGACGCUGAGCUGGAGCAGCUCUCACACACAGAGGAUCACAACCAGUUUCUCCUCAACUACCCCUCACUGCCAGCACUCAGUGAGUCUACACACUCAUCCAGCAUCAACAUCCGUCCUCUGAGACACUUUGAGGACGUGACAGCAGCUGUGUCAGAGCUCAGAGAGAAACUACAGGACGUCCUGAGAGACUCAUGGACAAACAUCUCACUGAUGGUCACUGAGGUGGAUGUUCUGCUGUCAGAACCAGAACCAAAGACCAGAGCUGAGUUCUUGAAAUAUUCAUGUGAAAUUACACUGGAUCCAAACACAGCAAACACACGGCUGGUUCUAUCAGAGGGAAACAGGAAGGUGAGAUCGAUGAAAGAUCGUCAGUCUUAUUCUAAUCAUCCAGACAGAUUCACUGAUAAAUCCCAAGUUCUGAGUAGAGAGAGUCUGACUGGACGUUGUUACUGGGAGGUGGAGUGGAAAAUUUAUGUUUCUGUAUCAGUCGCAUACAAGAAUAUCAGCAGAGCAGGAAGUGGCAAUGAAUGUGAAUUUGGAUAUAAUAACAAAUCUUGGGCUUUAGAUUGUAGUGGUUCUAGAUUUGGUCACAACAACAUCUGGACCUCCAUCUCAGGUCCAGUUUCCUCCAGACUAGGAGUUUACCUGGAUCACACAGCAGGUCUUCUGUCCUUCUACAGCGUCUCUGAAACCAUGACUCUCCUCCACAGAGUCCAGACCACAUUCACUCAGCCGCUACUGGCUGGAGUUAGGGUGUGGAAUUAUUUUGGGUCUGGAUCCUCUGCAGAGUUCAUUAAACUCAACUAGAUUUCCUCUCUUCUCUCUGAUCACUGAUCAGGCUUCAUGGUUCUGCUGUUCUGUUCUUAAUUUCUCUGCUUUAAAUGUAGUUCUUCUCAGUCUCUUUGCUCCAGGAACCAUUAAUGAUCUUUGCUGAUGUUUUCUUUUAUUCUUAUAUGAAAUAUUUCUCCACCAGAAAAUCUCAUCUUCUCUGGGGUUCAAUAAUUUUUGCUGUAAUAUGUGUAUUGAUGUAUUUGGAUUUUCUUCCAUUGAUCUGUAGAACACUCAUUCUUCAGUUGAUAUCAAAGUGAAAUGAACUCGCUUCUGUUGUCUUUAUUGUGAUGCCAUGAAGAAACUGAACAUCAACUUAGAGGUUUUGCUGUUUUGAAAUGUUUAGAUCUAGAUUAGAACCACUGGCUUUCGUUCUGCUUCUUUAGCUUUAUUCCAGAGACAUUUGACAUUUUUUUCUCUUCAUUAUUACAAUAAAUUGUGAGUUUUGUCAUCUAAA